GAGAACAGGGACAAUAUUCCGGGACGCCGGAGGAAAGCCGACAGCUGAUCCACUUUCGGGCUGAAAACGAGCAGAAGUUUCUAAAAUCAAAAUAUGCUGCAAAGCAACUAUGGGAGUGAGUCAUGCGUUCAUGUUGUAGCCAUUCAUUGGUACUGUAUUAUUGUAAUCAUUUGUAAUUCAUUCCUCUUCAUGCACCUGUACAUUGUUCUUGGUUAUGAUACAGGACACACAGGACAACGAAAGGAAUGGGGUUGGAGGGAAAGGUUACUGGCCAACAGGCAUCAGACUGUGGUUUGGAAUUUCAGACUAGUAGUGUGUAUGUUUGUGGUCUUGUGUGUCUUUUUUGAGUUUUAUGCAUUUGAGUGCCUUUUUUAUGUGUGUGACAUGUAAUUUAUGGUUCUAAUAGUUGAUAAUGUUUCUGUAAUAUAAUAUAUUUUUAUAUAAUGUUUUUGCCUGUUAUGUUUAUUGGGCAAUAAAGACAGAUAUUUGUUAACAAAGAAAGUGUUUCUGAACAUCAAUGACAGAGAAACAGUGAUAACUGAAACAGAUAUACCACACAUCAUGCAGUGUGUAUACAAAUAUUUAUUGCAAACAGACCUAAGUAGUACACAGAUAAGAACAUCUGCAUCUGCAUCACCACCACCAAUGUGAACAUGAAAGAACUAUAAAAUAUAUACAUGCAUAUGACACUAUUUUCAAAACCCACUCAAUCGAUAUGCACACACUUGCAGACAGUAUCUUGGAAGUUUGUGAUCAAUACUUGUCGCCUCUGGUGAUGUAGCAGCCAGUUAGCGACGAUGUAUGAUGGCGUAACUGUAACCAAGUGGUGUCUCUUUUUCAUAGGGGUAUGUUUUCACACCUAGCCCUUACCACUCUGUUUCGAAGGACAAGGGCUAAGACAAAGGGGGAAGGGGAAGGGGUAAGACGAAGGUGUAGGGGAAGGGGUAAGACAGAGAAAUGGGAUUCAGCCUAAGUCUCAAAGUCGAGUCCCCAUUUCUACCAUGAGGUCACGGUCAUUUCAGCGGGACAAAAGAGCAUUGGAAUGCCAGAAAAACAGGGUCACUUUGGGGAGCGGGCUGCCUGGAGCACCUCAAAGACUGCCAAGGAUAAGAGUAACAGUGCCACCCUGCGGGCAUCCCAGGGUGGCACCCACAGGGAACAAUCUGGAAUGGGUGACAUGAGCAACCGCAUGCUGCGCUAUGACUCAGAGAAGGACGCCGAAAAAGACUCAGGAUACUCAGAGGCUGGUUCAGACUCUGUUCAGACUGAUGUAGAUGACCAGCGCAGCAGUGUGAGCAAACCUCACAGGGAAAACAGCAAAAGCUUGAACAACAACACCAGUGUGAAUACUGCAGGCCACAAUAUGCCUCCUUAUGAGGAGCUCACCCCCUGUUACGUCAUCAAAAAUCUGGUGGUCAAGCUGUCUAGACCGGAGGAGCUUCUGCAUGGUCCCCUGGCGUGGGGUGGAGGUUGGCACAGCCUUACCAAUGCUACAGCGCCCAGCCAGCUCUUACUGAUCCAACAGCCAACAAUACCUGCUACUUUCUCCUCUACCUCGACUCAUUCAUCCAGUCUAGCUGCACCACAAGUUCAAGUAAAGAGAGGACACAGCCGCAGCAGCCAGAACCACAGCAGCAAGGACUCAUACCUGCCCAUCCUGAAUUCUUACCCUCGCAUCGCCCCCCAUCCCAGUAAGGAGAGCCAUGAGGGAAAGGGUGCCACAAGGGUGGAGGGGGUUAAGAGUGGAAGUGAAGGCCAAAGCCAGAGCAAGAGAGUGUGCAUAGAGGAAGAGAACAUUGAGGAAGAGAAGAGAGAGUCUGUACCUACCACCAGUCGCCUCCGGAAGCCACAGAAGCAUCAGAAUAAUGGUAGGGUCCAUCCCAACUGCCAGUGUAAAGGCAGAGGAGGGCACAGCUCUUUCCCCAGUUCAUCUCACUGCCUGCUGCCCAGCCAUGCCUCCUCAACCACCCAGCACAUGGCCCACCAGUGCCAACAAAGCUCGGGCUCUGACAGCGCAGGCUCACCCUCCGUCUCUCCACCUUCUUCCUCCAACUCCCCCCCAACCUUCUCUCUUCCCUCUUCAUCUCCCUCUUCCUCCACGGCUCACAGCCCAUGUCAACUGGCUCCAGGCAGCUCACCCGCACACCAUCGACGUUUCCUCAACACAGCUGAGAUCUUGAACCAGUCAGGCCUGCUGGCCAUCACACUACGCACCAAGGAGCUGCUGAAGCAGAACGCCGCCACCGAGAGAGAAAUUUCCCAGCUUCAUCAGCACACUCAUUUCCUGUGCCAGGUAGCCCAGGCCAGCCGGAACGGGUGCAACAAAGGUUCAGAUAGCCUUGACAAAGUCCUCCUGGCCAUGACUAAGUCAGGCUGCUACCCAAACUUAGACUUAAAUCAACUGACAGUGCUCAGUAGCAACCAACAGACCAAUACUAGAGGUGAGAAUGACAAAGACACAGAAAACAACAUUGAAAUCAUCAAGACAUACAACAACCCACUGCAGGCGGGGUCUUUACACAACAUAGCUGAUGGAACAUCACCACCCUCUCCACUGUUUGCCCCCUCGCCAGACACAGAUCCAUGCACAUGCUUCUGGAUCUAAUGUCCACCUCCCUGUCUGUUUAUUUUCCCAGGUCUGUACCUAAACAGUGAUGCAGAAAAGUAGUCAUGGACCAGGACUUAAGUGAUCUCACUAUGUUGCCAGAAAGUUCAGCACACAAUAACUAUCUCCUCUAGCUUCCUGGAUCUGUAAUGACUGGUAGGGUAACAUGUGGACCUAGCAAUACAGGAGAGCAUGAGUUUUGUUUGAAUUGUGCAAAAUGCCAAAGUAAAACAGAAUAUGGCUAGUUGAAAUGAUGAUUUUCAUAUUUACACACAUAGUUUAAAGUUGAACAUGAUUGAUCUAUUUUCAUACUGUUAGUCAGGGAUUUGCUGAUUCCAGGUGUCUAUUUUUCAUCUGUAUUUUUGCCUUUUGUGGACAGGGCUGUCAUUCAGGUGCUCACAUUCACAGUCAGCAAUGGAUGUCCAAUGUGUCCAAUAUCUUAUCAGAAGCAGUCAGACAACUGAAACAUGCUUAUAGAGAAAUAUGCCUGUUAGUGAGUGUGUGAUUUGCCUAGAAACCUGUCAGUCAGCAGCUAUACUUGUGAUUGGAGGAGAGUUAUGGGGGAGGGGCAUUAUGGUUCCAUGCCAGUGUUAGUCAGGUAGAGAGAGCGGAGCUCGUUUUCUCUUAAUACAUCCAUGAUGGAGCUAAUUAAAGAUGCAAGCGAGUCAAGCCUUGUGCACCAGAAAUAACACUGGCCUUAGGACUUCUAAAGGACAAGAAUUACUGUUACUAUAAAUACUAGAUUAUAGAAGACAGAUUGACAUCCCCAGUGGGAGACUUAGCUACAAUUAGCCACAAGUUAGCUGAUGUGUGCUAAACUCUACCAAAACAGCACAGCUUACAUUAAAAGUUAACACUAAACCAGCCUGCUUCUAAACGAAAAAAAUGGCAGAGAUAAACAGAUUUACUUAAGAUUUGGAGGUUCCAGGUGAACUUGUGGAAGCCAUUCUAGAUAUGUGGUUAUAACACAUCUGUGAGGAUUCCUGUGGCGGUGCGGACUCUCGCCAGUAUGCAAAUUAUCUGUAAACCGCGCCCUCUUUGUCCCUCCCCUCAAGCCCCUCCUCUCUAUGCCAAAACAGUUACAGAAAGUUGAAACUGAAAACCAGUGACAUUGUAAAAAUCCUAGGGAUGCACCGAACCCAGAUUUUUUGGGUUCGGGCCGAAUACACAACUCACUGGUUAAGGUUCUGCGGAACCCCAAACCGAACUGAAUCCUACUCCCAUCCUCCAUUAACACAGUAAAUACAUUAAUGAAGUAAACAACGUCUGGUUAACACAAGUUUUUUGCUGUGACUGUCCUUCCUUUGCCUUACCUGAAAUUGCUGCAUUUUGGCUGCUGUCUGUAGAUUCCUUCAUGCAAAUGUCUUAACAGCGGCAAUGUUGUGUGUUAGGGCCCUUGCCACCACGAGACAAAUCAGCAUUGCAAACUGCAGAUAGAACUUUUGACGCACGGAAAGAACACGCACUUUUGAUAGCCCCACUGAUGGUGAACGUAAACUCCCAUGCUUUUUUUGCACCAAAACAUAGAUUUAUAAAAAUGAAAAAAAUGAAUAAAUCGUCAGAGCCAGCCGCUCCAUAAUAAUAUAAUAUUCUGAAGUAGCCAAACUUACUGUACCUACACUCCCUCCUGCAGCAUUGGUCUCCAUCUCUGUUGCUUCUGGUAAUCCACAUUCAGACCCACAGCACGCUUGUUGCUCUGUGUUGGUUAGUCAACCCAGUCUCACGUCAGUUCGUGAUGGCAUUACGAAAUUAAAUCUAUUAGAACGUGAUACCCUCACGUU